AUGACGACGUCAAAUGUAGAAUUGAUACCAAUCUACACGGAUUGGGCCAAUCGGCACCUUUCGAAGGGCAGCUUAUCAAAGUCGAUUAGGGAUAUUUCCAAUGAUUUUCGCGACUAUCGACUGGUUUCUCAGCUUAUUAAUGUGAUCGUUCCGAUCAACGAAUUCUCGCCUGCAUUCACGAAACGUUUGGCAAAAAUCACAUCGAACCUGGAUGGCCUCGAAACGUGUCUCGACUACCUGAAAAAUCUGGGUCUCGACUGCUCGAAACUCACCAAAACCGAUAUCGACAGCGGAAACUUGGGUGCAGUUCUCCAGCUGCUCUUCCUGCUCUCCACCUACAAGCAGAAGCUUCGGCAACUGAAAAAAGAUCAGAAGAAAUUGGAGCAACUACCCACAUCCAUUAUGCCACCCGCGGUUUCUAAAUUACCCUCGCCACGUGUCGCCACGUCAGCAACCGCUUCAGCAACUAACCCAAAUUCCAACUUUCCACAAAUGUCAACAUCCAGGCUUCAGACUCCACAGUCAAGAAUAUCGAAAAUUGAUUCAUCAAAGAUUGGUAUCAAGCCAAAGACGUCUGGACUUAAACCACCCUCAUCAUCAACCACUUCAUCAAAUAAUACAAAUUCAUUCCGUCCGUCGAGCCGUUCGAGUGGCAAUAAUAAUGUUGGCUCGACGAUAUCCACAUCUGCGAAGAGCUUAGAAUCAUCAUCAACGUACAGCUCUAUUUCGAAUCUAAACCGACCUACCUCCCAACUCCAAAAACCUUCUAGACCACAAACCCAGCUAGUUCGUGUUGCUACAACUACAAAAAUCGGAAGCUCAAAGCUAGCCGCUCCGAAAGCCGUGAGCACCCCAAAACUUGCUUCUGUGAAGACUAUUGGAGCAAAACAAGAGCCCGAUAACAGCGGUGGUGGUGGUGGUGGAAUGCUGAAAUUAAAGUUAUUCAGUAGCAAAAACCCAUCUUCCUCAUCGAAUAGCCCACAACCUACGAGAAAGGCGGCGGCGGUGCCUCAACAACAAACUUUGUCGAAAAUCGCUGCCCCAGUGAAAAGUGGCCUGAAGCCGCCGACCAGUAAGCUGGGAAGUGCCACGUCUAUGUCGAAGCUUUGUACGCCAAAAGUUUCCUACCGUAAAACGGACGCCCCAAUCAUAUCUCAACAAGACUCGAAACGAUGCUCAAAGAGCAGUGAAGAAGAGUCCGGAUACGCUGGAUUCAACAGCACGUCGCCAACGUCAUCAUCGACGGAAGGUUCCCUAAGCAUGCAUUCCACAUCUUCCAAGAGUUCAACGUCAGACGAAAAGUCUCCGUCAUCAGACGAUCUUACUCUUAACGCCUCCAUCGUGACAGCUAUCAGACAGCCGAUAGCCGCAACACCGGUUUCUCCAAAUAUUAUCAACAAGCCUGUUGAGGAAAAACCAACACUGGCAGUGAAAGGAGUGAAAAGCACAGCGAAAAAAGAUCCACCUCCAGCUGUUCCGCCACGUGACACCCAGCCAACAAUCGGAGUUGUUAGUCCAAUUAUGGCACAUAAGAAGUUGACAAAUGACCCCGUGAUAUCUGAAAAACCAGAACCUGAAAAGCUCCAAUCAAUGAGCAUCGACACGACGGACGUUCCACCGCUUCCACCUCUAAAAUCAGUUGUUCCACUUAAAAUGACUUCAAUCCGACAACCACCAACGUACGAUGUUCUUCUAAAACAAGGAAAAAUCACAUCGCCUGUCAAGUCGUUUGGAUAUGAGCAGUCGUCCGCGUCUGAAGACUCCAUUGUGGCUCAUGCGUCGGCUCAGGUGACUCCGCCGACAAAAACUUCUGGUAAUCAUUCGCUGGAGAGAAGGAUGGGAAAGAAUAAGACAUCAGAAUCCAGCGGCUACACCUCUGACGCCGGUGUUGCGAUGUGCGCCAAAAUGAGGGAGAAGCUGAAAGAAUACGAUGACAUGACUCGUCGAGCACAGAACGGCUAUCCUGACAACUUCGAAGACAGUUCCUCCUUGUCGUCUGGAAUAUCCGAUAACAACGAGCUCGACGACAUAUCCACGGACGAUUUGUCCGGAGUAGACAUGGCAACAGUCGCCUCCAAACAUAGCGACUAUUCCCACUUUGUUCGCCAUCCCACGUCUUCUUCCUCAAAGCCCCGAGUCCCCAGUCGGUCCUCCACAUCAGUCGAUUCUCGAUCUCGAGCAGAACAGGAGAAUGUGUACAAACUUCUGUCCCAGUGCCGAACGAGCCAACGUGGCGCCGCUGCCACCUCAACCUUCGGACAACAUUCGCUAAGAUCCCCGGGAUACUCAUCCUAUUCUCCACACUUAUCAGUGUCAGCUGAUAAGGACACAAUGUCUAUGCACUCACAGACUAGUCGACGACCUUCUUCACAAAAACCAAGCUAUUCAGGCCAAUUUCAUUCACUUGAUCGUAAAUGCCACCUUCAAGAGUUCACAUCCACCGAGCACAGAAUGGCGGCUCUCUUGAGCCCGAGACGGGUGCCGAACUCGAUGUCGAAAUAUGAUUCUUCAGCAGCCGCCCUCAACGCUUCGGGUAUGUCUCGUUCAAUGAUCCUUCUCGAAUCCCUUUCACCACGACCACCUCGACGUCACCAAUCACCGGCUGACUCGUGCAUUAUCACAGCUUCUCCAUCAGCCCCACGAAGAUCACAUUCGCCACGUGGCCCCACCGCCCGUAUCCCACUUUCUCUCGCUUCUUCGCCUGUCCACGUCAAUAACAAUUGGGGAUCCUACUCGGCGCGUUCCCGAGGUGGAAGCUCUACUGGUAUCUAUGGAGAGACGUUCCAACUGCACAGACUAUCCGAUGAAAAAUCCCCCGCACAUUCUGCCAAAAGUGAGAUGGGAUCCCAACUAUCACUGGCUAGCACGACAGCAUAUGGAUCUCUCAAUGAGAAGUACGAACAUGCUAUUCGGGACAUGGCACGUGACUUGGAGUGUUACAAGAACACUGUCGACUCACUAACCAAGAAACAGGAGAACUAUGGAGCAUUGUUUGAUCUUUUUGAGCAAAAGCUUAGAAAACUCACUCAACACAUUGAUCGAUCCAACUUGAAGCCUGAAGAGGCAAUACGAUUCAGGCAGGACAUUGCUCAUUUGAGGGAUAUUAGCAAUCAUCUUGCAUCCAACUCAGCUCAUGCUAACGAAGGCGCUGGUGAGCUUCUUCGUCAACCAUCUCUGGAAUCAGUUGCAUCCCAUCGAUCAUCGAUGUCAUCGUCGUCGAAAAGCAGCAAGCAGGAGAAGAUCAGCUUGAGCUCGUUUGGCAAGAACAAGAAGAGCUGGAUCCGCUCCUCACUCUCCAAGUUCACCAAGAAGAAGAACAAGAACUACGACGAAGCACAUAUGCCAUCAAUUUCCGGAUCUCAAGGAACUCUUGACAACAUUGAUGUGAUUGAGUUGAAGCAAGAGCUCAAAGAACGCGAUAGUGCACUUUACGAAGUCCGCCUUGACAAUCUGGAUCGUGCCCGCGAAGUUGAUGUUCUGAGGGAGACAGUGAACAAGUUGAAAACCGAGAACAAGCAAUUAAAGAAAGAAGUGGACAAACUCACCAACGGUCCAGCCACUCGUGCUUCUUCCCGCGCCUCAAUUCCAGUUAUCUACGACGAUGAGCAUGUCUAUGAUGCAGCGUGUAGCAGUACAUCAGCUAGUCAAUCUUCGAAACGAUCCUCUGGCUGCAACUCAAUCAAGGUUACUGUAAACGUGGACAUCGCUGGAGAAAUCAGUUCGAUCGUUAACCCGGACAAAGAGAUAAUCGUAGGAUAUCUUGCCAUGCCAACCAGUCAGUCAUGCUGGAAAGACAUUGAUGUUUCUAUUCUAGGACUAUUUGAAGUCUACCUAUCCAGAAUUGAUGUGGAGCAUCAACUUGGAAUCGAUGCUCGUGAUUCUAUCCUUGGCUAUCAAAUUGGUGAACUUCGACGCGUCAUUGGAGACUCCACAACCAUGAUAACCAGCCAUCCAACUGACAUUCUUACUUCCUCAACUACAAUCCGAAUGUUCAUGCACGGUGCCGCACAGAGUCGCGUAGACAGUCUGGUCCUUGAUAUGCUUCUUCCAAAGCAAAUGAUUCUCCAACUCGUCAAGUCAAUUUUGACAGAGAGACGUCUGGUGUUAGCUGGAGCAACUGGAAUUGGAAAGAGCAAACUGGCGAAGACCCUGGCUGCUUAUGUAUCUAUUCGAACAAAUCAAUCCGAAGAUAGUAUUGUUAAUAUCAGCAUUCCUGAAAACAAUAAAGAAGAAUUGCUUCAAGUGGAACGACGCCUGGAAAAGAUCUUGAGAAGCAAAGAAUCAUGCAUCGUAAUUCUAGAUAAUAUCCCAAAGAAUCGAAUUGCAUUUGUUGUAUCCGUUUUUGCAAAUGUCCCACUUCAAAACAACGAAGGUCCAUUUGUAGUAUGCACAGUCAACCGAUAUCAAAUCCCUGAGCUUCAAAUUCACCACAAUUUCAAAAUGUCAGUAAUGUCGAAUCGUCUCGAAGGAUUCAUCCUACGUUACCUCCGACGACGGGCGGUAGAGGAUGAGUAUCGUCUAACUGUACAGAUGCCAUCAGAGCUCUUCAAAAUCAUUGACUUCUUCCCAAUAGCUCUUCAGGCCGUCAAUAAUUUUAUUGAGAAAACGAAUUCUGUUGAUGUGACAGUUGGUCCAAGAGCAUGCUUGAACUGUCCUCUAACUGUCGAUGGAUCCCGUGAAUGGUUCAUUCGAUUGUGGAAUGAGAACUUCAUUCCAUAUUUGGAACGUGUUGCUAGAGAUGGCAAAAAAACCUUCGGUCGCUGCACUUCCUUCGAGGAUCCCACCGACAUCGUCUCUGAAAAAUGGCCGUGGUUCGAUGGUGAAAACCCGGAGAAUGUGCUCAAACGUCUUCAACUCCAAGACCUCGUCCCGUCACCUGCCAACUCAUCCCGACAACACUUCAAUCCCCUCGAGUCGUUGAUCCAAUUGCAUGCUACCAAGCAUCAGACCAUCGACAACAUUUGAACAGAAGACUCUAAUCUUCUCUCGCCUCUCCCCCGCUUUCCUUAUCUUCGUACCGGUACCUGAUGAUUCCCCAUUUUCCCCCUUUUCCCCCCAAUUUCCCAGAACCUCCUGUUCCCUUUGUUCCUAGUCCUCCCGGGUGCCGACGCCGAAGCGAUUUAAAAACCUUUUUCUUUCCGAAACAUUUCCCAUUGCUCAUUAAUAGUCAAAUUGAAUAAACAGUGUAUGUACUUAUAAA